AUGGGAGAGAUGAUGAGCUUCGAGGUUCUUCCGGCCAUGGGCAUCAAGCCAGAGCUUGUGGUGCUGGCCUCUGCGGCGUGCGCCACCGUCAGCCUGGGCAUCAACCUCUUUGGCGGCGUGGUCACCGAGAAGAAGCGGGCCGAGCUGCAGCUGGAGCUGGAGCGCGGCAAGCUCUCCCUGGCGCAGCUGGCGGAGAUCCGGGGGGUGACGGCGCGGUACCGCGGGCCCCUCCUCGAGUCGGCCAUCGACCUGGAGCAGCGCCUGUGGCACCUGAUCACAGAGUGGCCGGUGCAGUGGCGCAGCACCGAGGACUGCGCGGAGGAGUUCCUGGGAUUUGUGGAGGUGGUGCGGCGGGAGGGCCCCCGCGAGCAGGCCUUCCUGCAGGCGGGCAACCCGCAGGGAUCCGACACGCUGUCCACGCUGGUGGAGGGCGUGCGCUUUGUGCUGUGUGCCUCGCAGAGCGGCCUGGAGAAGUGGUACCUUGAGGGGCAAGGCCGCCCCCACCCAGGCAGCCGCAGCCGCCAGUCUCGGGAUGAGAUCAUCCGGGAGCACAGCGCCAGCCGGGAGGGGCCCAUGCACAGCAGCGGCUGGGACCCCGGCACCGACACCAUGCACGUGACGCGGGGGGCGCAGCGCGCCAUCGGCUCCUUCAUGAUCACCACCCCCAUGGGCGCCCGCCGCCACUACACCCAGAGCUACGGCGACUUCUAUAACCGCUGGGACAGCGACUCAUCCUUCCGCCGCUGGUUUGACAAGCUUGAGGCGGAUGCGUUGGAUCUGGCCACUGGGGCGCCCUGGCACGGGCAGGGGCCCUUCCCUGUUGGGCGCUGGACGCGCGUGCUGCUGCUGCAGCAGCUGCUGGUGGAUUGCUGUGACCUGCUUGACCCAGACUGCGUGCGGCUGCCGCUGUCGCGGCGCACCCGCCUCAUGCCGGACCUGUCGCAAGCCUGGGACACGGGGCAGGCCCGGGAGAGCGGCGGCGGCGCAGGGGCUGCGCUCGAGGGCAUCCGAGGGAUGCUGUCUGGCAGCUUCGACUCAGAAGACUCCUCCUCCUCUGGAGGAGGCGGCAGCUACUCGAAUGGCAGCGGCGUGGGAGCGGCACAGCAGCAGCAGCAGCAGCAGCAGCAGGCACGGCGGUAG